AUGGAGAAAUUCUUCCAGUUCCUGCUCUUUGUCAGAGAAGGAAAUCUGAAAAGAUCAGCUGUUCUUGUCCACUGGCUGUUUGCUCUCAAAACGGGGGCUGGGAAACAACAUGUUGUUUUACCUUCUCUCUUUUUUGCCUUUCCUAUAGGCGAAAUAACAAUGGAUGCAAUAUUAUCCCGAUUGAAGCAGCUCACCCCUGAUGAGCUUAGAGAAGAAAUUGUAAGAGCAGGACUGAAAUGUGGGCCCAUUACAUCAACUACUAGGUUUAUUUUUGAAAAAAAAUUGGCUCAGGCAUUGUUGGAGCAGCAAGGAGCACUGGAGGAAAAAGGAUCUGCUCUGUUGGAGGAGGCUGCUGGAAAUGUCCCAUCUGAUAGCAGCCGGGCACAAGCACAAAAGGCUUUGAAAACUACAGCAGUGAAUCACAACGGUCAUGGAAGUGUUUCUGAAGAGGUGGACUUUGGGUACUGUGUGGGUCUGAACCCUCCAGAAGAAGAUGUUGUGAUGCACAUGAACUGUUCAGCUCCAGUCUGCGGAGCAGGAUGUGUUGACUCACAAAUUAGUACUCAGAUGCCGUCCAGAGAUCCUCCGCUAUUCUAUGGUGUUUGUCCAGUUUAUGAUGACAUAUUGGCAAGGAAUGAGAGAAUACAUGUUUAUGAAGAUAAAAAGGAAGCUCUCCAAGCUGUUAAAAUGAUUAAGGGUUCCCGUUUUAAAGCUUUUUCAAACAGAGAGGAUGCUGAGAAAUUUGCUAAAGGAAUCUGUGAUUAUUUCCCGUCUCCAAGCAAGUCUUCUUUAUGUUUGUCUCCUGUGAAAAUGGGGUCAUUUAACAGAGAUGGCUUAUGCUCCCCUGAGACCGAAACUGCUAAUAAGGAGAGAGCCAACAGUUAUAAAAGUCCACGUACUCAAGAUCUUACUGCUAAACUUCGGAAAGCUGUCGAGAAAGGAGAUAUAGCAACAUUUUCAGAACUUAUUUGGAGUAACCCUCGCUAUCUGAUUGGGUCGGGAGACAAUCCGACAGUUGUACAGGAAGGGUGCAGGUAUAAUGUCAUGCAUGUUGCUGCCAAGGAGAAUCAACCUGGUAUUUGUCAAUUAUUACUGGACACUUUGGAAAAUCCUGAAUUUAUGCGCCUUAUGUAUCCAGAUGAUAAUGAUACAAUGUUGAAGAAUCGAAUCCAGUAUAUUGUUGACCUUUACCUUAAUACACCAGAUAAAACGGGAUUUGAUACUCCAUUGCAUUUUGCCUGCAAGUUUGGUAAUUUGGAUGUUGUUAAUGUGCUUACCUCACACCCAGCUAUUGUAAAAAAUCCAAGAAACAAAUAUGAUCAAACUCCAGCAGAAGUAGUUUGUGAAAGAAGCAAGAAUAAAUCUGCAGAAUUGAAAGAAAAACUAAGAGAGUACUUGAAAGGUCGUUACUAUGUACCACUCUUGAGAGCAGAAGACAAUUCCUCAGCUCCUGUAAUUGGUGCACCAUGGUCACCGGAUCAGACAGAUGAUAACCCCCAAAGAACUUUCUCUAAAUACCCUGGCAGCCCCAAAGAUCCAGUGUUGUCGAUAAGAGCUUUCGCAGGCCCCAUGAGCCCCUCAAAGGCUGAAGAAUUUCGCAAGCUUUGGAAGACUCCACCUCGCGAGAGAGCUGGCUUUUUUCACAAUCUCAGGAAAUCUGAUCUGGAGAGAGGUGUUGAAAGAGUUGGAAGGGAGUUAGCUCAUGAACUGGGGUUCCCGUGGGUUGAAUACUGGGAAUUUCUGGGCUGUUUUGUUGAUCUGUCUUCCCAGGAGGGGUUGCGAAAAUUAGAAGAGUACCUGAGUCAUCGGGAAAUGAGCGAAAAGGCUCAGCAAGAAACAGGGGAAAAUGAAACCUGCAACAGAUAUAAAACUAUGCAUCCUUCUGGCAAGAGUAAAAAGUGCUGCAAUUCUAUUUCUGUUGGAGCAUUUCUGGAUGAGGAUGAUGAUGACAUGAGCUUAGAAGAAAUUAAAAACAGACAAAAUGCAGCACGGAAUAUUGGCCAACCUAUCGUGUCCAAAGAGCCGAGCAUUGAUGCUAUUGGAGAUGCAGAGUGUGAUAUCUUGUCAAUGGAGCGUGCAGUGAACAUUAUAGAGACAUCAGAUCACCCCAGGCACUAUGAAAAGGUGGCUUCUUCCAGCAAAAAUGGAUUUUGUAAUCCUGUGUCCAGUGAAAGGAUAAUUAGUGACAGGAAGCAUUUGCACGAUGGAGAAGAAUGCCUUGUAUCUCCUGUUUCCAGUCUAAUGUCAGAAUUUGAAAGCCUGUCAUUCCAAGAACAAGAGGCUGCAAGAGAAUCAAAUAAAAUCACUGAAAAAACUGAGAAUGAGAGAAUUCUGGCUGAAGGAAUGAGUCAGGCGAGAAUAUCCAUGGACCAUCUGGAUAAGUCCUGCUAUGCAGCUUCACUGGCAAGUUCUUCUGAGCCAAGUGUUACAGGUAAACCUGGAGAGGCCAAGUUAAGGACAGAGCACAGAAUACCAUCGGAAAAGGAGAGAAUGUCCAGGGAAUCUGGGAUUCAGGCUAAUGAGGCACAACAACGUCAAGAAUUUUUUUCCCAGAAAUUUCUUUCAAAGACUUCACCCACAAAUGACAAUUCUAAUAUGUUAUUCCUGCUUGGGGAGCAGCCCUCGAAGCUGGAUAGCGAUGUCUUAGCAGCUAUAGAAACAGCAGAGAUUGAUCCCCAGAAAUACCCCAUUAUUUACAAAUGGAAACACGCGGUGCAGUCAUACUCUUCAUCUGACAGGCAAAGUUGGCCAAGUCCAGGACUGAAGGCAAGAUUCAAGUCCCAGACCAUCGCUGCUGGUCUUCCAAAUGCUUCUGUGUAUUCUAAUUCAGGAAGAAAUAGCCCCGUAACAGGAAGUCCAGGAAAAUAUGGGAACGCUGCCUCAUUCUCUCCAGACCCUGGGAGUCCUGGGCGCUACAGUCCAGCGUGUGUCAACCAUGCUCUGUUAAAACCGCGUUAUUUUUCAGAGCCUCCUGCCCACUAAAAUCUGAUUCAUCUUCCUGGGACUUUGAUUAUAUUUUCAAUGUUAGAACGGAGGAAAAAACUAAAAUGUUACUUAAGUGACAUGAGGUUUGUACUUGGCUAUUUAUUUUUCCUCAAUUGAGGACAACUGUAUGUUAAAAAAAAAAAAAAGAGGAAUAUAUGUCUUUAUGCCACAUAUGAGAUAGAUUACUGGUGAUAUGCAAGAAGUUAGUGACAGUCAGUGCAGUUGUCCAGUAGCUGUGAAUUAACCCUUGUUGCCAGUAAAGCCGUGAGCUGAACCUUCACUUAGAAAUGGUGGUAUCUUACUAUCACUGGCUGUCAUUAUUGUAAUGAACCCAUUAGCCCUCAACUGCAUUUCUUCUGCUUGGGUAGUCUGGAAGAAGCACAUCAUCAGUAAACUGAAACCUUACCAGAGGAAAUUGAGGGCAAGAAGUAAAAUGUUCUUCCCCUGGCAGGGGGAAUGCUCGAAAUGAAGAGCCUAAAACAAAGCCUGGGAAGCAGCAGCUUUCCAGUACGGAGUAUGAAUGUGAAACCCUGGGCGUAGCCAGAACGGGAGUGUUUAGAGCCAGCAGUUUGGUCUAGACAGUUGAAUACACACACUCUUACAUAUAUGUGUGUAGAUGUGCACGUAUUUACACAGAAAACCUUGAGUCUUUGCUUGUUCUGAGGCUGUUCUAACCACCAUGAUACACUGAGUGCUUUAGCAAAGGGUCACUGUAGAAAUUACUGAUAGUUCUUUAAAUGUUAGUUUGAAGAUGUAAAAAAAAUCUAAAAAAUUAGCUGUUUUUUUUUUCCCACAGAAGCUUUUAAACAUUAGCAGAUUUUAAUAAUUAUUACACAAAAGCACAUCAGCAAUAAUUUAAUCAAAUUUACCAGCAACAUACUGUAACGGUCUAGUUUGUAAUAUAUUAAUGAGUGGUAGCCAGUGACCCAUCAUGUGGUUCCUUAUUUCCCAACUGUAGAGAGAGGAAUAAGGUCUAAAAAUAUUUUCAUUGAAAUCAAAGCUUUUACUAUGUCUCUAGUCUUGAUGUGGUAAUGAGUUUUUGUUACAGCAGUCAAUAAUUUUAUUCUUUAGCCUUCUGUAAGACUGACUUGUUUCGACAGUCUGAUGCAGAGAUUGAAGAAUGCUUUUCAAAACUCAAGUUUUUUCCGUAUCAAGCUUAAUGGUUGUAAUGUUGUUUGAAAGGCUUCCAGAAACAGUUCUCUAGUUAAAAGGAGAAAAAACCAAAACCAAACCUAUCUAUCAUUGCAAGGUAAAAGUGAAAAUCUGCCAAGGCUGUGCUGGUAAAAAAGGGCUGGACUGGGAGUCCCUGCAUCACACAGCGGGGGAGGAGGUGGGGGGGCAGCAGCUGCAGGCAGGACGGGCAGUGGGAGCCCGCAGGGCAGGGACUGUUCCCUGGGCACCCUCCAGCAGGGUCAGGAUUUGGUACAGACCUAAAAAAACUGCACUUAAUGCUUUUGCAGGUUUAAUAGUGCCUUUUGUAACAUAUUUUUUUUAAUUAAAUUCUUGUUCUUUUAGAAGUUUUUAAAAAAGUGGCAUCCACUUACUAUGGGCACGUAAAAUACAGUUUUUCUUCUGGGCUUUCUGAACAGAACGUAUUUUAAUGUCUCACUCUUUCUAGUUUAUUUGGUGCGAUAGCUCUCCACUAUAGGAGAGCAUUCCUCUUUUAGAAAUUAUUCUUUAAAAAGGCUUAUUUAGCUCUUUCUUUAUAAUUAAGCCUAUUUUCAAGGAGCUGAACAUUAGGAAGAGCUACUUUACACAAAUGACUGUCAUUCAGCAAUAUUCCAGACAGCUGGGUGGGGUUGGUGGGGGGACUCUUUAAGAAACAUUUUUUAAAAAAAAAAAACCAUAACCUGCUAUGUUACCAAGUAUAUUAACUGACUUUUUCAUGAGGUUUUUGAUGCAACGGUCUCUGUGGUCUGAAACAACUUUUUUAGGUCCCCAGUUCCUACAGUUUUACUUUAAAGGGCUUGGGGUUUUUUGGUUUGUUUGUGGGGUUUUUUUGGUGUGGCUUUUUUUCCCCAGGUUUGGGGUUUUUUAAUAAUUUAAUGUAAAUUAUGUCUUUGUCAUUCUGGAGAAAUUAUUUAGGUGAUGAGUAAUUGCUUAAUACCAUGUCAAAGCCAGAUUCAGGUGGUGAGGUGCUGUGUGUGCAGCUGCUGUGCUCCAGCCUGGGCUGUCAGACAGCAGCAAUGCCCUUUUAUGUGUUAAGAGCUUGUUCUAGAGCCAGGAGACCAAUACUAACACUCUGGUACUUUUGGCCUUUUUACCUUUGUUAUGCAGUCUUUCUUUUUUCUAAUAUUUAAAUGUGUAUUACUGGUAUGUACAUGUAGACACACACCCCCCACCCCCCCCUCCACCUCUACCACCACCCAACCCUUGCCUUUCACUUUGUAAUAUUGUUUUUGUUCAGUCAGGAGACUUUUUUUUUUUUUAAACUGUGUUAUAUAAAUACAUUAGUCCAGCUGUACCACAUCUUAAGAGGUCAUUUUUCUAACACUAUAUUUACUUCAGCUAUU